AUGGUAGGCCAUAUAAACUGCCAUGCAACAUCGACACCCCUUGGAGACCUGAUUGAACUGGUUGCUAUUGGUCGGCUUUUGGCUUCCGCUACUCCUGACUCAUUUGGCCCCCCGCUCUCCAUCUUCGUAAACAGCAUAAAAGGUCAUUUGGGCCAUUGCCUUGGCGCUGCUGGGGCAAUUGAAGCAGCCUACACUGUGCUUUCAGUGGCUUGUGGUCAGAUUGUCGCCUGUCUCAACUUAGAAAGUCCACCAAGCAAUGACCAUUUUACAGCUGCUCUCACUAAUCUAGUGUCAACAAUCACCUCUGAAUCUUGGCUCCGUCCAUUUCAGGAGCAAGCAGAAUCAAGUUACCCACGAAUCAAUCUACUGUCGGCAGCUGACGACACUGGGCCUUCGGUCGCCUGGCCUGAUGAAAAGAGGCCGCGGAUAGCAUUGACUAAUUCAUUUGGUUUCGGAGGUACAAACGCCUCUUUAGUGAUCAGUGAAUUUCUUCCUGUGGGAGAGAGUGCAUCUGCAAAAUAG